AUGUCGUUGCUGUGCCGCAUCGACGACGGUCGCUAUCUUCCCGGGUGCCAUGCCAUAUCAAGGCGUUCAGUGGCAGCGGCCUCCGAGGACAACCAGGUCGCUCUUAUGCACUUCAACCACGCCUAUGUCGUCCAGACGAGGCAUCACUACGCUGAAGUGGUCUCUAAGAUUCGGAGUGAGGCUGGACUGGGCGUAGAUUUGGCCACUCGGAGUGCCUCUACUGGCAAUAAGAAACCCGCGGACGCCUCUCCAGAAGAGCUGCGAAACGAGCAGGUUGGUUGCGCUGUUGCUCCAGGACAUCGUUUGCAGGCCCUGUUAAUUAAGCUGUCCCUUCGCAACCCAUCUCCGAGGUUCGUCGCCUUCGCUUGGACCCCCGCCGCCAUACCUGUGGAGGGCCGGCUGACGUCGGCGCUCUGCACCGUGAACAUAAACGAACGAUUCGAAAUGUGGCUGCCGAAAGGUGUCCAUUCGGAGGCAAUGUACGAAGUCGAGAAAAUCUGCGACCUCUCCGCGGUGGUGGCGGCGCAACUCCGCGCAUCGCACAUGGCAAAUAUGGCACCGCUGUUGCACGAUAAAGACGCGGCAGUCGACGACUAUAACUCUUCAGGCCUGUUGCACUCCGGGGUGAGCAUGUGUCACUUCGCACCUCGACACACAGCCCACGGAUUCGUCGGAUUGGUUGGAAUCGGGCGCCACGUAAUCGCUUUGUGGAUUUCCAUCCGUGACGGGGAGCAAAGUGACGAUUACAGUGACGACGGUUCAAACGGGCCUGUCCACAGUGAUGGCCCCCAGGAUGACGGGGCCGAGGAAAACGCGAAGGCGGCCAAUGGGAGCAAAGUUACCCAUCUUAUCGCAGGUUUCCACGUGUUCAACCAAACACCCGAUGAUUUAAAAAGGUUCGAGAUCGACGACAUGAAGUUCUUAUUUCCGACGCCAACCACCAUAACAAAGAAACACAGAGUUGACUGCCACGCUAUCGCAACAAUGGAAUCGGGUCAAGUGUGCUCUAUGGCAAUCGUUGCAAAUACUGUUGAACGGCACAGACUCGUGUAUGACGUGUUCGUGGGUACAGGCGACGGGUACAUCAGGACCAUAGAGCUGCGCAUACGCCUGGACGGGGGGCAGAAACCGCACGCUUCGGCUGGACCGUGGCACGACUUGGGCACAUUUGCACAUCCUCCGGAAAUGUUGCGCGUGCGAUCUUUCCACGGGGAUGAUGCCGACGUUCAGGUGCUCAUCGCCCUGGUGCACAACAUGGCUGUUGUCUACAACCUGGAGGACGGCACCCACCAGAGCCAUCGCUGCGGAAGCCAUCCUUUGGUGAGCUACCACACGGAGCCACUUUUUACGCGAGGUGGAGACCUCGCGAAUAUGGUUUUCGUGGACGCAGUCGGGACGCGGUACACCUUCACUUUAAGCGCCGAACUGCAGAUGCGCGCGACAGAGGUCACACCUGCGUCUAAAAAGGAUCCUGUCCCCCUGUUCCUUGACGACACAGACUUUGCGCACAUUCAGGUGGCCAUAAACCGCCCGGCGGUGGAGCUACGUCGGUCCCUGAGGUCGCCCAACCUAGUCGCCACCGCCCUUGCCGUUCUGAUGAGAGGGGGCAAUCUCCUCCACCUGGCGGAGCUAGUGCAAUACCAUGUCCAGCGGAGGGAACUGACGCAUACGGACUCCAUGUUCACCUUCAAAAGUGAAACGAGCGACAUCACGUUGGAUUUGCUGUCCAUGCAGGAAUUCCUCGAAGUUGCCCCAACCCUCCCCGUGCUACAGCUCUGGCGGGAGUUCCACGAGCUGCUGGAGCACCCGCAAAAGCAGCGUGUCGCGACGCUGCUCUACCUUAUCGCCUACGCCGAAGCCGGCGGCGACGCCUACCAGCAUAUCGUGGAGAUAUCGCUGCGCGAGGAGUGCCGCCCGCUGCUGCACCGGCUCAUGUGCAGCCUGGUACUCACGGACGAGGGCUUCGGCGGCCUCAAAGCGCUCGCGGCGUGCCUCUACGCAAGAAAACAACUAAACAUGCUAAUUAAUACUAAUUAG